GGGCAGCCAUCAUCUUGUUUAUGUUUCUAGUUGCUUGCUCGAACUAGAUUUGUCAUUUUGUGUACCAGCAGAAAAAAUGUUAAACUCCGCCAUCUACUCUGCAAUGAUUGAAGUUUUGAGAAUCUAGCAUCUUGCACAUUCUUAUCAUUUCCAAAAUAUCAAUAUAUUAUAACGAGUGGUGGAAAAGUCGUCUGUUCCGUGGUUCCGUCGCGGGGUCUUCUUUGCGCUGUGACCUUAUUUACAAGAGGUGAUCUUGAACACUCAAUCAUUUAAAAUGGGUCGAAGUCUUAACAAAGAUUCAGACGCGUCUGUACCUGAAAGACGAAGUACCAGGCAUUCAAAAAAUCCUGAAGAAGAGGUGAAACUGAGCCCGACUGGAAAGGGUAAAAGAUCUAUUGGAAAGAAGAAAGAAGAGAAAACAGAAAACAAGAACGAAGAGAAAACUGAAAACAAAAGCCCAGAAAAAACUGAUAACAAAAGUACAGAGAAAGCCGGAAACAAGAUUGCAGAGAAAAUUGGAAACAAAAAUGAAGAGGAAAACAAAAGCCAGAACAAAGAGGAAACUGAACCAGAAACUGAAGAUACAAAUGAUAAGAAUCACGAUAAGAAAAGUGACACUGAUGGAAAUUCCUCCAAUGCCAAACCAACCACUUCAGAAUCCCCUAAUGUGAAACCAGCCUCUUCUCGAGUUGUAAGGAGUGUAAGGAUCACCAGAAAGAGACAGUUGAGUGAUGAAGAAAAUGAAGAUGAUCCAGAAGAAGUAGAUGAUAAGAAUGAUGAAAAUACUAAUGAAAAGAAUGAUGGUGAUGUUGACAACAAGGAGGAUGAUAAAGAUGAAGAUAAAAGUGAAACAAAAAAAGAUAAGAGUGAAGGACCUCCAAAGGAAAAAGCUAAGAAAAAAAGAAAGCCUCCAACAAAGAAGAAGAAAGAUGUUCAAGAUGAGUCUGAACUGUGGACACCCUUAGAACCUUUGGACACAGAGGAAAGGAAAGAUUCACAAAAGAAAGCUCAGUCUAAAAGUGACCGACGCAAACAAGCUUUGGUUGAACGGCAAGCCCCUGCUGAGCCAAUGCUUCAGAAACAACUGCCUCGCCGUCGCCGCAAUAGUGACACUAGUGAAUGUGAGGUGCUGGUUAGUGUUCCCAGGCAUCAUCGAAAAUCGAAAACAAUUGUCACAGUUGAUAUUGAUGAUGAGGCGUCAGAGACUGGAAGUAUCCAAAUUGUUGCAGAACCUGAUGUCGACAGUGUGUUUGAUUUUAAACGACUUUUGAUUCAGUACCGAAAUGUAAAUUUGCCUUCUGCUUUAUGGGGUGUUCAUAAAGACCCAAGAAACCUCUUUGUUAGUUUUACACGCUUUAAUCCUGAUUACCCAGAUACUAAUGGUUUAAUAGUUGACAGAGCAGUUGUUUUUCAGGGAACCCUGAACCCUGAGGCAUUUGUUAAUGGAGAGAAAAUAGAACUGCCUGAAAUGUUUAAUGUAGUGGAAACAAUUUUUGAAGCUGCUCAAGUUGUGCAAUUUGUUAAUAAUGCAGUAGUCCCAGUCAUUCAACCUACAAUUGAACCUACAGAUGUGACAUGUUAAUGUAGUUUUACCAUUUACCUUUUAGUCCUAAAAUUUGUUUUAUGUAGCCUGACAAUCCCCCGAAGAUCCUUCAGCCUGUUUAUGUAGAGCUUCUGUUAAAAUUUACUCUAGUGGUCCAAUGAAAGGUGGUGUAAGUCCAACCUUCUCUUUUAUCACUCACUAUUAAUUGAGUACCGUUGCUGUAUGUGUGCCCAGGAGGGAUAAAUAAGAAACUGGUCUGGAACACCCAUUGUUUGUCUCUCCUCUCUUAAUUAAAUAACCAAUUAUUCAGAUAAGGUCUAAGAAUUAAAUUACAAGAAAUUUC